AUGGUUUUAAGAACAGUUUUCAAGAGAUCGUACACAGAUUCUCUGUCAGUAAUUAGGAAUCUCAAGAAUCCGAAGCUAUUUCAGACUCAAGGUCUUAUCAAUGGUAACUGGGUCGACAGCGAUAACGCUGUGACUUUCGAUGUCAGCAACCCUGCUUCUUAUCCAAACGAUGCUUCGUUUAUUGGUAAAGUUCACUCAAUGAGUCCACAACAAUAUAAUCUGGCCAUUGAUAGUGCCCACGAAGCAUUCAAACUGUUCAAGAAAUCCACUGGCGAUGAAAGAUCAGAACUUUUAAGAAAUUUGUAUCACUUAAUGAUGGACAAUCAAGAUGAUUUAGCCAAGAUCAUAGUUCUUGAAAACGGUAAACCAUACAAUGAUGCAUUGGGAGAAGUUAAGUACGCAGCUUCGUUUUUCAAAUGGUUUGCUGAUUUAGCCACCACCACUACAGGUAAUGUCAUCAAUUCUUCCACUAACAGUAAAAAGAUUUUAUCCAUUAAACAACCUAUCGGAGUUUGUGGGAUCAUGACUCCUUGGAAUUUCCCUGCUGCUAUGAUCACCAGAAAAUUGGGUGCUUAUGUAGCUGCUGGAUGUACUGGUGUGAUCAAGCCAGCUUCUGAGACACCUUUGACUGCUUUGGCCUUGGGCUAUCUCCAACAAGAAGCUGGCUUUCCAGCAGGUGUAGUUAAUAUCUUACCUUCGAAAAAUGCUGCUGAAGCAGGGGAAUUACUUUGCUCUAAUCCUAAAGUCAAGAAAAUCUCCUUCACUGGGUCAACUAACGUUGGAAAAUUGUUGAUGAAACAGUCAUCAUCAACCUUGAAGAAACUUUCCUUUGAAUUGGGAGGAAACGCACCUUUCAUUGUUUUUGAAGAUGCAGAUAUUGAUUCAGCUGUUGAUGGAGCUAUUGCCUCUAAAUUUAGAAGUAGUGGACAAACAUGUGUUUGUGCUAAUAGGUUGUUUAUUCAUGAGUCCAUCUAUGAUGAGUUUUCCCAGAAAUUUGUUAGUAAAUUGAAGGAAACGACAACUUUAGGUGACGGAUUACAAUCUGGGGUCACCCAUGGUCCAGUCAUUCAUGAUAGAUCCAUGAAAAAAGUAAGGCAACAUAUCGAAGAUGCCACUGGAAAAGGAGCCAAGGUCUUACUAGGAGGUAACCCACGUGAAGAUUUGGGAGAGAAUUUCCAUGAAUUGACAGUUUUGGGUGAUGCUACUACAGAUAUGAUGAUUUUUGAAGAAGAAACUUUCGGUCCUGUUUGUCCUCUUUUCAAAUUCAAGACUGAAGAUGAAGUCCUUAGAUUGGCCAAUGACACUGAAGUUGGGUUGGCGGGAUAUUUCUACUCAAAAGACGUCAGUAGAAUCUUCAGAGUUGCAGAAGAAUUAGAAGUCGGAAUGGUUGGUAUAAAUACUGGUGCUAUUUCGGAAGCGUCCUUACCAUUCGGUGGUAUCAAGGAAUCCGGAUUUGGUAGAGAAGGUUCUAUUUAUGGUGUCGAAGAUUACACAGUAGUUAAAUCUAUGGUUCUCGGAAUCUAA